GGAGGCAGACGUCUGCUCUCAGUCCUGAGUGGCAGUUUACUGUCUUUCUGCAUCGAGAUAUCAUCGCUGCUUAAUCCAUUCCCAUGUCUCCGACGUAUCUGAUCCCGCGACACCACGAAAUGUACGGUGAAGUGUACAUGUAGUAUUCGUUGCAACCGUAGACACCAUUCACGUGCCAGACGAACACCUUAUAUACAUCCAUCCAUCGACAUCGACUCGAAUCACCUCGUGGACUCGCUUGACCAAAAAAAAAAAGGGGCUCUAAAACCGUUCAUUCAACAUGGAGCAGAAGCGCCUUUACAAAGUGGUGCUCACCGGAGGACCUUGCGGCGGCAAAACGACUGGGCAGACACGGCUGUGCACGUUCUUCGAGAACAUGGGAUGGAAGGUGUUCCGUGUUCCCGAGACAGCGACCGUGCUGCUCAGCGGCGGCAUAAAGUUUUCAGACCUGAACGCUGAAGAGGCGUUCAAGUUCCAAGAGAAUCUGCUGCGCACCAUGAUACAGAUAGAGAACACGUUCUUCCAGCUGGGCGAGAGUUGUUCACGAAAUUGUCUGAUAAUCUGCGAUCGCGGCGCUAUGGAUGCCUCGGCAUUUAUAUCGAAGGACAAAUGGGAACUGAUGAUGGCCUCGAACGGAUGGAACAACGUCGAGCUCCGUGACAACCGUUACAAUCAGAUCAUCCACAUGGUUUCGGCGGCGAACGGCGCCGAGGACUUUUACUCGACCGAGGAACACGCUUGCAGAUCGGAAGGUGUCGAACUGGCCAGGGAGCUCGACUACAAGGCCGCCGCCGCAUGGGUCGGGCAUCCGUAUUUCGACGUGAUCGACAACUCGCAGGAUUUCGAAACGAAGAUCUGUCGCAUGAUCGAGUGCGUAUGUCAGAAGCUGGGCAUCGACACCGGGGACAGGUUGCGCGCUAGCAGCAGAAAGGUAAAGUUCCUUGUCAACGGUCCUUUACGAGCGGACAGCCAGUUCCCGCCGUUCCAGGACUUCGAUGUCGUCCAUAACUACCUCCAGAGCAAUAAUCCGAAGAUGCAAGCCCGUCUCCGUAAACGUGGUCAAAAAGGUCACUGGUCCUACAUUCAUACUAUCAGGCGUCCAAAAAUGUGUGGUCAAGUGAUCGAGGUGAAGACACAAUUGACUCACAGAGAUUAUUUGAACAUGCUUGCUCAACGCGACGACUCGCAUUUUACUAUCUUCAAACGUCGGCGUUGCUUUCUCAUCAAUAAUCAGUAUUUUCAGUUAGAUAUAUACAGAGAACCAGCACACCCGAGAUGCCGAGGUUUAAUGUUGCUCGAAACGUACACAGCGUUAACGGGAGAGGAACUUAAAAAUAUCUUACCACAGUUUCUAACAAUUGAAAAAGAAGUCACUGGAAAUCCAGAUUACAGCAUGUUCAAUCUCAGUCUUAGAGAAGAAUGGAACACCACUAAUAAAUACUGCCACAAUUUACACGAUUACGCUCUUGCAGGCUUGACGGAAUCUGGAUCAGCAGAAAGUAAAAUAGUCGGUUCGUCGGGAGCGAAAGAUAACGCAUCAGUUAAGAAACAAAUAAACAGGGUUGAUUCUAGAGUCAAUGGUGUAGAGGUCGGUGUAAAUGGUGUAGAUAAAAUUGUUAAUGGUGUGCAAAAUGGUGUCCACGGUGUUGCGAACGGAAACGCGAAAUUCGUCGAACGAAAUAGCAUAAAAAGCAAUAGUCAAGAAGAUCAGAAACGUAUUGCACGCGAUAAUACUGCUAAAAAGCUGAACGAUAGCUUGUAAGAGAUCAUCGCGGUAAAAGAGGGUAUCGAUGAAAAUGGAUCUGAGAAUGAAACACGUAAACAAAACGGUAAAAGUAAAGCAACGAGAAAAUGAGAUAAAUUAAUUUAAAUAAUUCCAAUGAGAACGAGAAAGACAAAGUAUUUUAUUGGCACUGGCAGUUAACUAGAUUGAAAAAUUCCUAUGCAAUACGAAAGUGACAAAUUUAUUGACCACAACACACCAAUUUUCUAACUGGAACUCGCGUGUCACAUACGAGUACUACGCUACAUGCGAAAUGUACUUAAUACAAUCCAAUUGUAACUUAUUUUUUACCGAUCUGUUUUAACAUGCGAUAUCGAUUUAAUAUACCAAGUAUUUUUACAUCUAAA